CGGCGGCGUAGACGGCGGUCGUCGGGACGAAGAAAGCGUCGCAAACAGGACACCGAUGAUCAUCACCUGCUGCUGAUUCUGUCCACCGAUGAGGACACCAAUAGUGACUCCGAAGUCGAGAUUAUAGACGAUGAUAGUCAAUGUGUUAAACCAGCGGUUCCGCCGCUGACACCAUCAUCGAUGACCGCAAUGGCGGACAACCCAGAGUCGGACGACGACAGCGACAUCGAGAUCGUGGCCAUCGUCUCCGCGCCCACCGCUCAGACCACAGGCGCCGCCACAACUGCCGGCCCAUCAAAGCUCUCACCGCCACCAGUGGUACAAUCAUUACCGGUAUUACCACCGAUGACUCCGCCACUGCUACCACCACCACCGCCGCCGCCAUCGACAGCAGUAGACACAGCCAUACUUGCGCUGGCGAUUCCACAGACUGUACCCAAUGAGACGAUACCGUUGUCACCCAUCGCGUCGGACCCAACAAUUUCUACGACAACACCCGUUCCUUACGAUAUGGAUACUGACAUCGAUGGUGAGUUGUUAUACCCGCCCGAAGACAACCUCCCGACCGAUGAUUACAGCGACUAUUUGUUGACCACUGAAGCGCUUCCCAACAGUGAUUAUUACACACGAUUUGACUCAUUGGCCGAACGGGUGUGUCGUGUGGUUGAGGCCAACACCACCGCCGAUGACUGCGAUGUUAAGCCAGUGAUCGCCUCUGAAAAUCAUACUGAUAUAACAUGUGAUAAAAAACUCGAUGUCAACGCCAUUGCGGACAACACAUCGCCGCCCGAUGUGACCACUGAUACCGUUUGGUCAGCACCGGGUGAUAGUGUGCCAGCGAUUACCGGUCAACCGGUGGUGAUUAUGAAGUUAGACACCACCGAUGUGUCCGCCACUGACCAGACACUGGCCGACGAUAAGCCGCUGCUAACGGAUCCGCGUCUACAGACACUGUUUGACCAGUCAUUGGCCACCACUUUGAGCACUCAAACCGAAGACACAGAUAGUGUUGAAUCAGUUGUCAGUGAUAUACUGACACUUCUUGUGAAUACCACAGCAAACGCUAAUAGAGAUGAGCAGUCAUGUGAUGGCACAACACCUAUCGGUGCCGUCAUUACAAACACCGAUAGCCAGACAAUAGCCACAACUAAUCACAUAAAUUGUGACACAAAUGCUUCUGAAGAAGUGUCUGUUCGCGAAGAGAUCGGUGUCAACAGUGGUCAGGAGUUUAGCGCACAAUUGACGGCAUCGAUGGAAGUAGUGGACAGUAGUGACCAAUCGAUUACAGUCUCGACAACUGAUGACAUCAAUAAACCGAUGGAAACCUCUAGUCUUAGGCAUGUCGAUAUAACGUCUUCGGCUGAAGUGGUGGUCAACGGAAACAAUAGCACCGCAACGAGUCCACAAUUGACAGCACCGGCCUCUGCGGUGACACCGGAGGAAGCGAUGGAUACUAACCAAUCACUUCCUGUCGACACAACUACUAUAAGUGAUAUAUCAUGUGAUGAAUACGACGGCCGAAAAAUUGGCGGUCAAUUGACAGCAGCCGCUGAUGAGGAGGUCCGGGAGGAAGGCGUUGACAAUAAUCAUUCAUUUUCGCCCAUUUCCAGCACAGUUUGUAACUCUACGGCAAUCUCUGACCACAAGUAUAUCAAUACAUAUACUAAUGAAUUAGUGGGGCUGCACUUUUUUAUAUGGGCACCAACAAAGAUGGCCGCCGAGUAG